UGGGCCGGGAAGAGAGGGAGGUGGGGCGGGGGUCUACAGCCCCGGUGACCGCAGCCCAAGUUGGCAACACCGGUGAGUUGCUCCUCUCUCGGCUCUCCCUCGCUGCUUCUAUCAAAGGAGCGCUGACCCGGGGAGGAGGUGGGAGGUGCCGCGGGUGCCGGGCGUCCCCGGUCCCCAGGCAGCCGGCACCCCAGCGAGGACCUGGCAUUUGGGCCCAGAAGGCGUCGGACUAGAGGAAGGCACGUUCCCUAAGGGCGUGUGGUCACUGCCGCCUUCUACUACGGGUCUGCUUCUGGAGCGAAGUCCCUGUCCGAGGUUAUAAAUCUCGGUUUUGGUCCCCAAGCCCCAGGCCCUUUCCGGACCGAACAGGUGAGCACUGCGUGCUACCAGCGCCCCAGCUCUCGCGCUCCCAGUGCUCCGAGCCGCCUGGCCGCCCCCCGCAGGCUCGCCAUGUUCCCCUGGGGGCUGAGCUGCCUGUCAGUGCUGGGGGCAGCGGGCACCGCUCUCCUGUGCGCCGGCCUGCUGCUCAGCCUGGCCCAGCACCUCUGGACGCUCCGCUGGACGCUGAGCCGGGACCGGGCCUCCGCCCUGCCCCUGCCCAAGGGUUCCAUGGGCUGGCCCUUCUUCGGCGAAACGCUGCACUGGUUAGUUCAGGGCUCUCGCUUCCACAGCUCCCGCCGGGAGCGCUACGGGACAGUGUUCAAGACGCACCUGCUAGGCAGGCCGGUGAUCCGCGUGAGCGGCGCCGAGAACGUGCGCACAAUCCUGCUGGGCGAGCACCGCCUGGUGCGCAGCCAGUGGCCGCAGAGCGCGCACAUCCUACUGGGCUCGCACACCCUGAUCGGCUCAGUCGGUGAGCCUCAUCGGCAGCGGCGCAAGGUCCUGGCUCGAGCGUUUAGCCGUGCGGCGCUGCAGCGGUUCGUGCCCCGCCUGCAGGGGGUGCUACGGCGCGAGGUGCGCUCCUGGUGCGCGGCCCGCCGGCCGGUUGCUGUCUACCAGGCCUCCAAGGCUCUUACCUUUCGCAUGGCUGCGCGCAUCUUACUGGGGCUACGGCUGGACGACGCGCAGUGCGCGGAGCUGGCCCGGACCUUUGAGCAGUUUGUAGAGAACCUCUUCUCGCUGCCCCUGGACGUACCCUUCAGCGGCCUGCGCAAGGGCAUCCGGGCACGAGACCAGUUACAUCGGUACCUGGAGGAGGCCAUCGCAGAGAAGCUUCACGAAGACAAGGCUGCCGAGCUGAGUGACGCCCUCGACAUGAUUAUCCACAGCACUAGGGAGCUGGGCCAUGAGCUCUCAGUGCAGGAGCUGAAGGAGACGGCUGUGGAGCUCCUCUUCGCCGCCUUCCUCACCACGGCCAGUGCCAGCACGUCCCUCGUCCUGCUGCUACUGCAGCACCCGGCGGCCGUCGCCAAGAUCCGGCAGGAGCUGGCGGCGCAGGGGCUGGGGCGCGCUUGCGGCUGCGCGCCGGGGGCCGCGGGGGGCGGCACGGGGCCCCGGCCCGACUGCGGCUGCGAGCCUGACCUCAGCCUGGCGGCGCUGGGCCGUCUGCGCUACAUCGACUGCGUGGUCAAGGAGGUGCUGCGCCUCCUGCCGCCGGUGUCCGGGGGCUACCGCACUGCGCUGCGCACCUUCGAGCUCGACGGCUACCAGAUUCCCAAGGGCUGGAGCGUGAUGUAUAGCAUCCGGGACACGCACGAGACGGCUGCAGUGUACGGCAGUCCGCCUGAGGGCUUCGACCCCGAGCGCUUCGGCGCGGCGGGCGAGGAGUCGCGGGGCGCCUGCGGCCGCUUCCAUUACAUCCCCUUCGGCGGCGGAGCGCGCAGCUGUCUCGGCCAGGAGCUGGCACAGGCGGUGCUCCAACUGCUGGCCGUGGAGCUGGUGCGCACGGCGCGCUGGGAACUGGCCACGCCUGCCUUCCCCGCCAUGCAGACCGUGCCCAUCGUGCACCCGGUGGACGGGCUGCGGCUCUUUUUCCACCCGCUCGCGCCUUCGGCGGCGCGAGAUGGGCUACGCCUCUGACCCUCUGCGCUUCGGAACAAGGCUUGGCCAGCGGCAGCGGCGCGCUCUCAGCGCCGCCCAUCUGCGGCUUCUUAGGUUUCUUAGUGCCGGGCAGGGCGCUCGCUCACUCGCUCAACAAACGGUCACCGAAUGCAGCUCUGUGCCAGACUUUGAGGGCGGAGGAACGCGAGCCCCCGCCACUGCGCCCGCGGAGCCCGGGAGAAGCGCCCAGGCCGGUGGGAAGGUGCUUCCUGGGCUCUGAGCCCUGAGGAAGGAAAGGUCCUGAGCCCAGCCUCUUAAACCUUUACUAGGUUUGCUAACAGGGAUGGAGGGAACAGAUCUUCACUAGGAGCUGCGGGUCCUCGCCUCCCUGUGCCAAGCCCAGGAGGUUACAUGGAUCUUGGGGCCGCGGGGACGAUUGCCAGGGGAGGGUUGGACCGUGCCAGAGGCCCAGCGAACGCAGCUGGGACCUGCAACCCUUGGGAAGAAGCGCAUCUCCGGUCUGGCUUUGGGCUACAGUUAAGACAUACCGAGAAGGCGCCCAACAGAAGGCCCUCAGGGAGCGGGCCUCGGCUUGGGACCUGCGGCCACUCUGCUGGUCUCAGUCUCAGCAGAAACAUGACUGUGGGCUCUCCCAGGGCUCUGAACAGCUCAAUAUCAUUGGAUUCUGCUGGUGACUUAAAAGAAAAAUUCCUACUUCGAGAACGUGUUUAAUCUUUCCACAUAUACAAGGGAGAACAGGCACAUGGAGAUAUCUCUAAGGCUGGAUUAUUUUCAUGGGAGGUUGAGACAUAAUCAGAGAGGUUUGGGAUAUUUCUAGCGAUAACAGAAAGGCCAAGAAGGAAGUUUCCUGGCAGCAGUUGAGCGAGGAGGCUAAGGCUUAGCUGGGCAGCUGCUUCCUGGUGGGAAGGUGGAAAGACCCACCCCAGAGUAUGACCAGAGCUCUCCUCCUGAGCACAUCCCAAGAGCUGGGCUGAGAAUUCUCUCUGUAAUAGCUGGCUGCAGGGACCUUCCGGUUCACUACCUCAACCCCCUCCUAUGCCUCCUAUGGCAUAGGACAAACAGAAGACUUCCCUGAGGAACUAGCAAUGCGCUCCCGGGCUAUUUGGCCAGUGGACUGCCCACCCCGUCUGGACUCCUCUACCCCAUCACUUACUCCUUGCUCGGGCCUCUGGGCCUGUGGCUACCAUGUAGGGCUCAGCCCUUUGUCCUUUCAUAGUGAUCCCUAUGGCUUAAGGACUCUGACACAGAGGUUUCCACUGGUGUUUAAAUCAAAGCCAAGAGCCUCCAGUGGCACCAUUCCCAACAGCCCACUGCAACCUGCCACCCAUCUUCAGACAGGCCAGGGCAGCUGGACAUGAUGGGUGAGCCAGGGAAGUUGCCGCCCAGGCCCCAAGCUGACCCCUUAGUGAACCAGAAGGAAGCUAGUGCCCUCCUGACCUUAUGCUUAAGGUGGGUCCCCGGGCCAGAAGGAAAGGGGGAAGCAGCAGGCGCAGGCAGGGCCAGUAGCUCAAGAGCGCAGCGGGCCCUUCCGAGAGAGCUCGGCUGACACUGCCAUAACCCCCAUGCAGGGCAAUUCAUCACCCACUGCUGAUCACAGGCCCGGCGCCAGGCCAUGGGCUCUGGGAGGCAGUGGAGCCAGCAAAAAUGGCAGAACCGGGGCCUGUCCUCAGGGUGCUCCCUGA